UAUGCUAACUACCACAGCUCCAGUCCUUUGUUGUGAUUAGCAGUCUACCUUUUGUGAUUGUGCAUUAAUAGGACACAUUAUCGCAUAAACGCUCUGCUGUGAACAUUUCCAACAUGAGCGGCGGAGUGUACGGGGGCGAUGAGGUCGGAGCUCUGGUGUUCGACAUUGGUUCAUACACAGUGAGAGCUGGCUAUGCAGGAGAAGACUGUCCCAAGGCCGACUUCCCCACGGUGAUCGGUGUGACCCUUGACCGAGAGGAUGGCACCACUCCCAUGGAGACGGAUGGCGACAAAGGCAAGCAGAGUGGCACCACUUAUUACAUCGACACCAACCAGCUGAGGGUCCCGAGGGAGAGCAUGGAGGUUAUGUCUCCCCUCAAGAACGGCAUGAUUGAAGACUGGGACAGUUUCCAAGCCAUUUUGGAUCACACAUACAGGAUGCACUUCAAAUCAGAACCAAGCCUGCAUCCAGUCCUUAUGUCUGAAGCAUCAUGGAACACACGGGCAAAACGAGAGAAACUGACCGAACUGAUGUUUGAGCACUACAACAUACCAGCCUUCUUUCUUUGCAAAUCAGCCGUGCUGUCUGCCUUUGCCAACGGGCGGUCUACAGGCUUGGUCCUGGACAGUGGGGCGACACACACCACAGCCAUACCGGUGCAUGACGGCUACGUCUUGCAGCAAGGCAUCGUCAAGUCGCCCCUGGCUGGAGACUUCAUGAGCAUGCAGUGUCGAGAACUCUUCCAAGAGUUGAAUGUUGAAAUAAUUCCACCCUAUAUGAUUUCAUCAAAGGAUCCAGUGCGGGAGGGAUCGCCGGCCAGCUGGAAGAAAAAGGAGAAACUACCUCAAGUCACCCGCUCGUGGCACAACUACAUGUGCAAUUGUGUCAUCCAAGACUUCCAGGCGUCUGUGCUGCAGGUGUCUGAUUCGCCAUAUGACGAACAGGUUGCUGCCCAGAUGCCCACAGUGCACUAUGAGCUGCCCAAUGGCUACAACUGUGACUUUGGGGCGGAGAGGUUGAAAAUACCAGAGGGCCUUUUUGACCCCUCUAACGCCAAGGGCUUGUCUGGAAACACGAUGUUAGGAGUUGGCCACGUAGUGACAACCAGCGUGGGAAUGUGCGACAUUGACAUUCGGCCGGGUCUGUACGGCAGCGUUGUGGUGACUGGAGGAAACACGCUGAUUCAGGGCUUCACUGACCGCCUCAACAGAGAAUUGUCCCAGAAAACGCCGCCGAGCAUGCGACUGAAGCUUAUCGCCAACAACACCACAGUCGAGCGCAGGUUUAGCGCGUGGAUCGGAGGCUCCAUUCUAGCAUCACUUGGAACCUUUCAGCAAAUGUGGAUCUCCAAACAAGAGUAUGAGGAGGGAGGAAAGCAGUGCGUGGACAGAAAGUGCCCUUGAUUUACUGAAAACCAACAAAUAAAUUUCAUUUUGUAUUAUUUUUUUUAAGCAGUUUGUCCACACACCGUGUUUGUGGAUGUGUUGUAGCAACAUACACACUCACAAUUUUGUCUAAUAUUUUGUUGAAGUGAGAUUAAAUUUCUUUGCCAUAA